GAGAAGUCUCGCAGAGUCUCGCGAGAGGCGCUCACUUGUACGGCCGCCAUAUUGUGUGACACUAUUUUGAUUGUUAUCUGCUGGAAGAGAGAAAGCCAGAGAGACGCUACGCGGGAGCCGAGGGGGCCGCAGAAGAGCUGUGAGAAGAGAAGAGAGCGAGCGGAGACGGGCUGCUGCUGUCCGCAGAUCCGCGGCGCUGACACGACCAACACAGUCUAUAAGUGUUGCAUCCCUAGAAGAAUCAUGAAAGGCUGUCCAAACAUGAGAGAAAGAACACACUCCUGCUCAGAGAAAUGGUCUGCAUUAACAGUGUUUUUGCAGAAGAUGCUGAGCCAGUGCGUGUGAGCGAGUGCUGUGGUCAAGGCCGUUCUGUUUUGGCAGUAGACGAAUGGCACAGGGAAACCAGCAGAUUGACAACCAGGUUCUGCGUCACCUGCGGCAACAGUUUCCAGAGCUUCCCGAGGACGUGGUGUCCGAGUGUGUCCUGCAGAAUAAGAACAAUUUAGCUGCGUGUUGCGAGUACCUGACCAAGGUGAGUCCUGGUUUCUUGUAUAGCGAAGGCAGCCAGAGUUCGACAGAUCUUCGCAAUCACAUGACCCAGCUCAACCUCGGCAUCUCUCAGAAUACCCAUGGCGCUGUGCAGCGAGAUGUAAUGAGGAUGAAUGGCAGCAGGACUGUCACCCCCAGCGCGAGCGAUGGGCCUUUGACCGUACCAUCCCCUCUCUCCGAGUUCUACCAGCCCGAAACGCCGUCUGUGCCAGCACACACGCCUGUGAGUCUCGGCGCCUUCGCCACCAUGGAGUCCACUCGCAAGCCACAGCCUCCUCAGGACCUGGGCCUUUACCAGGUCGGGGGCAAAGGUCACAGACCGCCUCCCACCCCACGCUUCAACCCGAUAACGGUGACGCUUGCGCCCAACACCGGCCGCAACACGCCAACCUCCCUGCACAUCCAUGGAGGGCCUCAGUCGGGCCUGAACAGCCCAAACUCCAUCUACAUCCGGCCGUACGUGACCCAGCCAGGCUCCACGCGACAGGUGCAGGGCCGAGCUCAGUACAGCCCCACCUCGCAGCCUGCUCAGCAGAUCUACCAGAUCAGCCACCCUGCAGCUUCCCAGAGCUCCUGGACUGGCAGCCAGCAUCAGACCUCACACGUGUACAUGCCCAUCAGCUCGCCCACCAACACCCAGGCGCCCUCCAUUCCCUCGGCCGUGGCCUUACAGGCCGCUUCCUCCACACCCUCGCCUUCCUCCAGCUCGUCCUCCUUUAGCCAGUACAACAUCCAGAACAUCUCGACCGGGCCGCGGAAGAAUCAGAUCGAGAUAAAGCUGGAGUCUCCGCAGAGGGUGUUUGGAGGGUCAACGGCAACACUCCUGCGCACCGGCUCUGCGCCGCGAGCCGCCUGUAGCUCCACGUCUUCGUCCUGUCCAGCGUCGUCUUCGCUGGCUGCGUCCGCGGGUCCCUCCACUCCCAUCUCGAUCGGCGGCGCCGGGCUGAGUCGCAGCCAGCCCACGGUGUACAUCUCCCCGUCCCCGCCCGCUGCAGACGACUGUGCCCUCGUUCCCAACGCCCCUCGCUCGCAGCCCAAGUUCUACAUCUCUGCGAAUGCGUCAGCCGACGACGGAGGGGCGAGGAAUCCGCCGACGGUCUAUAUCUCUGCCAAUCCCGCGCUACAGGGCUCUGCCGGUCUGCGAGCUUUGGGGAGCCAGGUGAGCAUGGGCCCUGCAUACAUACACCACCACCCGCCCAAAUCCCGGCCCUCUGUAGGAGCCGGAGGCACGGCCACGUCUCCUCGUGUGGUGGUGACGCAGCCCAACACCAAAUACACCUUCAAAAUCACUGUCUCCCCCAAUAAACCUCCGGCUGUGUCUCCUGGGGUGGUGUCGCCCACGUUUGAGCCCACUAACCUGCUCAGUCUACCGGGCGAUCACCAUUACGUGGAGCCGGAUCCGCUGUACCAGUCCGACCCGCUCUCACCUCACCAGGACAAAAGCUCGGAGCAGCACAGACUCAGCAUGGGUGCGGACGAUGCUGCGUACACACAAGCUUUGCUGGUGCAUCAGAGAGCACGCAUGGAGCGACUGUGGCAUGAACUGGAGCAGAAGAAGAGAAAGCUGGAGAAGCUGAAAGAAGAAGUCAACGAGAUGGAGAAUGACCUCACACGGAGACGAAUGCAGCGCUCCAACUCAGCCUGUCAGAUACCAUCUAUUGAGGAGAUGCAGCAAUUGAGGUGUAAGAAUAGACUUCUACAGAUCGAUAUUGAUUGUUUAACCAAAGAGAUUGACCUCCUUCAGACACGAGGACCAGACUUCAAUCCCAUUGCAAUUCACAAUUUUUAUGACAACCUUGGAUUCUUGGGUCCUGUACCUCCUAAACCUCCCAAAGGUCCUACGAAACCAGGAGUGGAUCUGGACAGGAGAGGGCGCAGGAUCAGCGUCAGCUCCAAGCUGAAGAGAGACCCGUCUCUCCCUCCUGUGCCUCCCGCCGAGGGCAGCCGGAGCGCCAGGCUCGUGUCGGAGCCCGAGGAGGACGACGGCGUUCAGUGGAGCUGCACUGCCUGCACCUUCCUCAACCACCCUGCCCUCAACCGCUGUGAAGAGUGUGAAUUCCCCCGGCAUUUCUGAGCCACGCCUGCCCUCUCGGCCCACUGUAUGUGUGUGUGUGUUCGUCUUGCGAUGUCCACUGAAGACUGGAUGAUGUUUACAGCUCUUUGUCUCUGUACAGUGUGUGUGUGUGUGCGUGUGUGUGUCGUGUCGUGUGGGAGAUCAAGGGAAACUUCCCCGCUUGAUCCGUGAAGAGGCUCGUGUUGCCGGUGAUAUUGACACGUUUACUUCAUCCACACGCGGUUUACAGAUGUGGCUUUGGAUGCCAGUGUGCCUUUUUCAUGGGAACUGAUCGUGACUGCUUUAUCAGUGCUGUUCCCAAAGGAUCAUGGGCGGAAUCUGCUCAACUCACAGUUCUUCUGUUUGAUCAAUGAAAUGCAAAAAAGAAAAGAAAAAAAAACCCUGCAUGUUUUAGAUGUACAGUUUACAGAGGAGUCUCCGCCACAGAUUUUACUGUACAUAGUUUUAGAACGAGCUUUUCUUUCUUAAGAAUUCACAUGUAUUUCCUGUAAGUAUAGCUUUAUAGACGUCAUUUAUUUCUCUGUUGUUGUUUCGUUUGUUUCUCUCAGAUGAGUAUGGAGCGUUUGUGAGAAGCUAAAGGGAUGCUGAAACAGCGUGCAGCAAACAGUGCUCUGUCAAGCACUCUAUUCAGCGUACGAGCUGCAGACGCAGCAAAACUGAACUGAAAAAGAUCUAGAUUUUAUUAAUAAUAAGGUACUUGACCUCGAAGCAGUUCACAGGCAGUCCAUAAAGCCCAAGAUAACAAACACGUUCCUGUGUGACAACUGGAAUCUAGGUUUACUAUGAGAGGAACUGAUACCUUUGUGCCAUGAAAGGGAUGUUUCUCUGCUAUGCAUUGAUGGAGCUCUUUCCCAUUGUUUGCAGUAAUGUGGGUCUGAGAGGAAAGACUUGUGUGCGUGUGUCCUCCGAACAGCGGACGAGUGUUCACAAGGGCUUUAACACACCGAGUGCUCGCCGCUGCCUUCUAUGCUUCAGGAUUUGUAAAUUGCCAAAGCACAGGCGUCAUGUCUCUGAGUGCAGCGAAAUAUUUCACCAUGUGCCUUCGGUCUUUAUGUGGGUCUCUGUUACGGAUCAUGGUUUGUGGCAAUAUGCACAGUGCCUUAACUUACAGAUGUUACAGAAUUUAAUCUUUAUUAUUAUUAAACUGUAAUAAAGUUGCAGUUUGGUGACUUUAUUAGUUGAUUGAACUAAAACAAAUGUUUUGUGAUCCAUCCUUAUGAGAGUGCUAAUGCAUAAAUUGUGCAUUGAAAAGCUGAAUGAGAUUGUUAUUUAUAAAACCAAUAAAUACAAUUUCCAAAUGCUGGUUUCUGGUAUCCAGGCUAAAAAUAACUUGGCUGUGGAGAACGUUUAUUCGCUCUGCUCUCUGUUUCCGAGAUGAGGCUAUUUUUGGCUCCAAAGACAUUAGUCUCUGUGCUAACUUUUGAGAAAACCAAAGAAAUAAUCAGAUCUGUCUGUCAUGUGUUUAUGGGUUUUAAAAGAAAAGGGGGAGUAAAUCAUUGUUUUUGAUUAGCUGGGGAAACUGUCUUUGUAAUAGAUAAGUUAUUUGUAAAAAAAAAA